AUGUCUUUAGCGAACCUAUUACCACCUAUGACCAAAUCAUGGGCAGACGAAGUCAACGACGAUUUCGAAGAGCAGUUUUUCAGAGAUAUUAUUUCUACUAGUUACGCUGUUGAUACUUCUCGAUUAGAUCAUGAUAUAGAGAUGGAAGAUGUAGAGACACUUCCGCCUGAUUUUACAGAUUACGAGGCUCUGGACUUCUCGGACGAAGAAUACAUACUUGACUCAUAUUACUACAAUUCGGAAGUCGAGAUGAUGUCGAAUAACGAAGGAGCUGAUGUGGUUAUUUCUUCCGAAGAAAUUCUCGCAUUCAACGCCAACGCAUUGGGGAAAUACAUUGCAAUGAAUAUCCCUAGGUCAUUCCUUCCUUCUCUUCUAGGUUCCGAUGCUGGUACUUCUUUCAAUAUUGAGUUAGAUAACGAGGAGCAAAACGCGACAUCACGGGACGAAGAUCACAAUGACACCACAAGCAGCGUCGAAACUAGCCAGAAUUACAAUAAUCAUCCACCAGGGUAUUUGGAUAGCCAAGGGUCAAAUAUGGAAUCAGUAGAAAACAGUCCCGAACUUGGCAACUCAGAGUUCUGGAAUCAUGGGUCAAAUCACAGCUCGCAGACAGAAGACGACGAAGAACUCUAUAUCGAUCAUCCAUUGAUGGGGAAAGACGUGAUUUGCAUUCGAGAGACAUUUGCGAAAGUUAAAAUCUGCGAAUAUGAUGCUCAUCCUUCAAAGAAAUUCUAUCGUGGUUGGGAACCAAAGACUUGGAAGUGGGCACCUUCAAGUCUGAGAUGCUGCCAAACGGUUGUUCGGGCGGAGGAAAUCGAAUAG